UUGAAACUCGUCCAUACGCUCGAUGAGAACUGUUACUUUCUGAAAAGUGUCUCUGUGUCCUUCAGUCACCAAACAGGGAGGUUGCAGCUGACACCUGAUAGGGCGACACCUCCAGAAACCUGAGCCCAACUCCACUUUCUAUUGGCUGAUCAGGUUCCAGGAGCAGGUAUUGAUCAUGAAGCUGCUCCUGUUUGCUAGUUUAUCAGAUAUCAGCAGGCGACAGUCUGGAUAAUCAGGGUUGCUUUCUUUUUUAACUGAACCUCGUCUAGGGUUAUUAAUAACUUACUGAUCAGUUAUUAUUGUCAUUUCUAUACAGUUGUUUUCUUAAUGUGAGGUCUUUAUUACAGAGUCAGGUUUCAACUCAUUGGUGUGUGUGCUGGUUGAACGAGACUGAAUUAUUGAUAAAGAUAAGUCUCUCUCUCUCUCCAGCUCUGAGAGGAACAAAAAGGACAGAACAGAAGACAAGGACGCAGCAGAGGGGAGAGAUGAGACGAAAAGACAAGUCACACCAACAAAAAACAAAACAGAAACAGGUCUAUAAGAAAGGAGGAAACAAAAUAAACGGCUGAAUCAAGACAAAAGGAUAAAUGGAACAAAGGGUGGCAAGUGAGAACGGCAGAUAAAUAUGAAGGAACUAAAAAAGAACAAGUGACGAAGAACUAAAGAAAGGGAAGACAGAAAAGACAGAGGAAGAAGAGGACAGGAUGUGAAAGUGACAACAAAUUCUGGAAAGAUGCCUCAUGUCAUGAGAAAGGAAGAUGAAGAGGAGGAAGACGACACCUGUCAGCCCCACCCUCCUCCCUUCCCUUCUGUUCCCACAGUGACAGCAAUGUCUGGGAGACGGCCGGACCUGGUGUGCAUCGUGUGUUUCGGCAGCUACGACCUAUCGACGAGGUUGCCGCGGCGUCUGCACUGCGGCCACGCCUUCUGCCAGGCCUGUCUGAAGAGACUGGACACGGUGAUCAAUGAGCAGGUGUGGAUCCCCUGUCCUCAGUGUCGGCAGAACACACCACGGCCCAGAGGAGGAGCAGCGGGUCUGGACCUGGACCUGGCCUCCUUCCUGGCAGUGAAGGCCCAGCAGACCUAUAUCUCCUGUUCCUCAUCCUCCUGGAGCUCUGCUCGCAUGGACGGGGCCAAGGCUGGGGGCGCAGUCAGCGAUGGCAAGCCUUGGCUGGGGAAAGAAGCUCCAGAUGAUGGCUGGCUCCACGGUGGCCUGGCUGAGCCUCGUUUUCAACGCUACGGCAACUGCUGCCCAGCGCCAUCCUGCUGGCUGUGCUGCUGGUUCUGCUGCCCAGGGCGGGGAUGACUUAGUUACUUAAUGCAAGGUCCAGUUCAGGUGUGCACUGAUCCGUCCUAGCUGAUCUGAUCACAUGUCCACACCUGACGGAAGGACAUGUUAAGAUGGCCAGGUGAUGACUGCUGAGGUACAUCGUCAAACCUGGGGACCACUGAAGUGAAGCAGAUAAAAACGCCUCAGACUUCCUCUGAAGGAGAACAUUAAAGGAUUUCUCUCUAUCCAGAUCUGAUCAUCCCUGAUUGAUAUUAGUGUGAGGACACAUCAGUGUCUAAAUGUAUAUAUAAAGAAAAUAGAACAAAGAACAAAAGUCUUUAAAGAUGUUCUGAUUGUGUUGGCAUAUCAUAUAAAGAGGUUUACAUGUUUGGAUCUUCUUUUUUCAGUAGAUCUCUUAUCACCUCCAGGGAUUAUUCAGGGAUUUUUCUGGUGGUUUAAUCUACACAUUACUGACUUUCACACAAGUUACCCUGGAGAUGGUCCUGGUCUGAACGAGCUAACAUUCUGAUCUAGUUGAUCCUGCCGUGUUUGUUCAGCCAGAAGUCUUCAGAUGUUUGGCUUCAGGAUCUGUUUCCUGUACCGGAUCUUCAGGUCCAGAACCGGACUGGAGCGCCCACCGGUCCACAGAUCAACUACUGUUUUCAUACUGCAAUGUUUUGCACGAAUGUGCUGAAUAAUCCCACCUGCUGUUCACUUGACAUUAACUAUGAGCUACAAAGACACAGUCGAUAAAUAUAUCACAUAUAAUAUUAUAAUAAUAUUAUAUAUAAUAUUAAAUAAUAAUAUUGCUAAUACUGAUAACCCUGCCACUGUUAUAGCAGUGUAGAUCAGACUGGAGGCAAAUGUGUAAUUUCAUUAUUCAAUCAAACAUAAAAGAUUGUCAUCAGACUGCAAUGAAAUAAUUUAGUAUUUUUCUUCCAUAACUGUGUGUAUUUGCUUUUUUAAAGUAUAGAAUACAUAAAGAGUGGGAGUUGCAUGCGGUAUUAUGAAAUCUCAUUCAAAGCUCCUCUGUUUACUGAACGAGAUGAAUGCUUCCAGAUAUUUUCAGCAUGGAAGUGAUUCUUUCCGGUAGGAGAGCUGAUGCCAUUUGCUGUAGCCUCUGAUCCAACGUCGGUCUGUAUGACUUUUUCCAGGAUUCAGAUAUACAUCUUUAGCAUUGACCUGGAUCCAUGAGUGAUCUCUGGGUAAAGGCCAAACACAAACAACCUGGGUCUGGUUUUACACUUGGAAAUCAUCUCUUCCCAAAACGGUAUUAUUUUCUAGCAGUACCACAUAAAAUGUACCAAAGUUCCUUUGUGCUCUAUACACUUUAGGCACACAUCAGGUAUAUCACCAUUAUAUCUGUUCUGUUUUUCUGUUGUUAUACACCCGCAUUAACCGUUUAAACUGGAUCAUUUUAAGGUUCGGGUCAAUAAAUCUGGAAUGAGUGGAAGUUUGUGCUUUCAGACAGGCCUUCUGCCAUUCCUCUACUGAUAUAUUUCAUUGCAAGUCUUCACACCACACCACGCCUUCCUUUUGUGUUCUGACGAUAUCUGGGAGCUGUCUUUAAUGACGUUGUAAAAGCCGGAUAUUUGGCCCUUUUUUAAAUGG